AAGAAUCAGAUUUAGAUAAUACUCAUAGUUAUGACAAACAGUUAGACGAGCUAUCUAAUGAAAAUAAUAAAUAUCAAAGCAAAGAAUUUUUACUCAAACUAAGUAUCAAAACUGAGAAUAAUAAUAUAUUAUCUGCUAAACGGUUAACUAUUCUAGCAGAUUCUUGUAGCGAAUUUUAUAAUCAAAUACUUUUUGAUAUUCAAUUUCAACUAAAUAAUAUUGCCAUUACUCAAAACGAUUAUGUCUUGGCAUAUAAAGUAACAAAAGAAACUGGCACGAGAACUCAAAUUAUUAAUGAAGAAAUUUUGAAAAUGAAUGAAUUAGCAGAUAUUAAUAUGCUACCAAGUUAUGCAAUAUUUACUUUGCCACCUAAAACAAGAGAGAUGUCUAGUUCGAAUCAAGCAUUAUCUAAUUGUCCACAAUUAUUAGUUAAUUCUUCAUUGCAAUUGCUAUCGCAAAUGCUAUCACAAUCAUCAUUACAACUAUUUCCACAAUUGUCAUCACAACUAUUUUCACAAUCACUUCUGCAAACACCCUUACAAGCAACUUCACAAAUAUCUUUGCAAACAAAUAAUUUUUCAUCACAACCAUUAAAUAAUUUUUUUUUAAAUUCAUCUAAUAUUUCCUUACAAAUGUCACCAAAUGUUUCCUUGCAAAUAUCGUCAAAUAUUCUCUUACAAAUGCUGCCAAAUAUUCCCUUACAAAUACCACCUUUAUAUAAACUAUCUUCUCAAUUAUUGCCCAAUAUUUCUUCACAACCCUAUUUCAUGCCAUUUUCAAUUUUUCCUAAUUUAUAA